CAGGUGGCGUGCAAAUCGACAAUAAAUUACUUGAAGCUUCAAUCAAUCAAUUACAUUUUACUAAUUUUUUUCUAUAAAAUUAUAUCAUAAAAUCUUUGCGAUUAUAAAAAGUUGGACACCCUAUAUAUAAUUUUCUAGAUGUAUACUACAGUGACGUGAUCCAUUGGCGCAUAUUUGUACAUACAUUUAUGUAUAUGUGUGUGUAAAAAGUUGGAUGAUAGACAGAGAACGACUCAAUUUAUUAUCUCGCUCUGAUUUAGCUAUCCGACAUUUCAUAAACAAAGAGGAGCAGUGGUCUUUUAAAAUCAAGUUUUUGUCAACUGUGCAUAAAAUAUCACAAUUUUUUCAAGAUGACUGAUGAAUCAAAUGGGGAAUCAACCUUUGAAUUUGUCGAAAAACGUGUGGAUGACAUUUCGAUUUCUGGAGAAACUAUUAAAACUGAUUCUAUAAGCAGUUUAUCAUCGUCAAUAUCUCUUUUAACACCUCUUGGAGGUUCGUCUUCUAGUGGAAACUUACUAUCAAAUAUUUCUCCACCUUCUGCAUUACCUAGUUUUAUUGCUAGUCCAUCAUCGGUUCAGUCACCUGGUCCUAUUUCUAAAGAAGAGAAAAUUCCUGAAAAAGAUUCAGCUGAAGAGCCAAACAAUUAUGGAGUGCAAACAAAACAGCCACUAUCUCAAAGUCAUCAAUCUUCAAUUGAAUCUCAAAAAAGUACGGAUUCUGCCCGAGUCGUAGAGCAUCAAGCACAUGAAUCAGGAAUUGUUGGUGGAGCUUUGUUUUCAUGGGUUAAGGAUACAGUUGUCAACAGUAAUAUGUUGAGUAAAGUUGCAGAAAAGGCUAAAAACAGCGUGAAUUCAAUGAUAACAACUCUAGAUCCUCAAAUGCGUGAGUUUAUUUAUUCUGGAGGUGAUGUAGAAAUAGUUGUUGCCUCUAAUAAAGAAGUAAAAGUCAGUCCAAUACGUGAGGCUUUCCAGGGAGUUUUUGGAAAAGCUACAGUCACGGGUGUUGUUGUUGAUACUUCAGCAAUUGCUAGCCAACCUGUCGGCUUUAAUGCUGGUGUAAGCGGAGCAGAGCAUAGAAUUAAAUAUGUACGAAAUGCCUUGGAAAUACCUAAAAAUAUUCCAAUCAUUGCUGUUCAAAGUUUUUUGGUGGAAAUAGGUAAAGAUAAAUGGUACGAAUUGGCUGUUAUCCUUCUGAAUGAUCCAAAAAACGAAGUGAAUCUCCAAAUGUUUACCCAAAUGAUCCCAGUACCCAGUCAAGUUGUUGCAAUGGCUCAGGAAUCAACUCCUGAUAAUUAUCCUCUCAAAUCAUUGGGUUUUGCUGUGCCAAUUGGUAAUUUGAUGGCCACGAAUUUAGAGGUAUCUUUUAAUGAAUGGCAUCAUGCACUUACUGGAGUAUCUCGCAGAGAUACAAUUCUUUUAGCAGCUCAGUCAUUAGCUGGAAUAUAUAAAAAUACAAUAACUGCAGUGUAGUGAUAGAAAAAUACGACAACGACAAA